AUGAGGUUCCUAGUUGUCCUGUUAGCUCUUGUGGCAUUUGCAGCCAGCAGCAGCAGCAGCAAACAUGCUGCUGACCAAGAUCUCCUGAACAAACAACAAGACGUUAUACAACUCCUGCAAAAGAUCACACAAGACAUCCCGAACCCGCAACUGCAGAACCUCGGCCAAAACUGGGACAUCGAGAACAACGUACAGCAAUUCGAAAACCCGAUCGUUGUGAAAUACUAUGCCGGCGCCGUGAGGGCUGGUCUGGUCCAACCGAAGGGCACAGUUUACAGUAACUCGAUCAGUCAGCUGCGCAAAGAAGUCUCACUUCUGCACAGGAUUCUGACAGGCGCCAAGGACUACCAGACUUUCCUGAAGACCGCAGCAUGGGCUCGCGUCCACGUCAACGAGGGACAAUUCGUCAAGGCCUUCAUCGGUGCUGUAUUGAUGCGCGAAGACACCCAGGGCGUCAUCCUUCCACCAGCUUACGAGAUCCUGCCCCAGUACCACUUGGACGCCAGAAUUAUUCAGGAAGCUCAGGAAGCUAGCAUCCAAGGAAUCCAGAAUGGUGGAAUCCCACAAAACAUUCUUAUCCCUGUCAACUACACCGCACUCCUGUCCCCGGAAGAACAACAGCUCUCUUACUUCACUCAGGACGUUGGUCUCGCUUCCUUCUACGGCUACCUGAACCUCGCCGGAUACAUCUUGGCAGGCAACGAGCAGCAGCAACAGCAGCAACAACAGCCCUUGACCUCCCAACAGUACCAGCAACAGAUCGUAGGCAAGUACUUGCAACAAGUAGGCACAGGACAAGGACAGGGACAACAGAGCACCAUUGGUCACGGAGCCAUCUACUUGCACCUCCAUCAACAGCUCUUGGCCCGUUACGAACUCAACCGUCUCGCGAACGGUCUCAGCUCCAUCGACGAGAUCGACUUCACCAACGUGCAGACACCGUACCAACCACACCUCCGCAACUUGAACGGACUCGAAUUCCCAAGCCGCCCCGAGAACCUCCAACUCCAGCCACAGAAGAACGACCUCAUCGAGACCGUGAACACCCUGGAACAAAGACUGGUGGCCGCCAUCGACGCCGGCCACGUCAUCACCCCGCAAGGCAUCUUCCUGUCUCUCUACCAGCCCCAGGGUGUGAACAUUCUUGGUGACUUGAUCGAAGGUUGCGGCAAGAGUGUCAACCCUAGAUACUACGGAAGCCUUCAAGGAGUAGCACGCAAACUUCUUGGCAAUGCACCUGAAGCUCAGAACAUCUGGGACUACACACCAUCUGCUCUUGAACUUGGCCAGACCGCUGUCCACGACCCAGCCUUCUACCAGCUGACCCAGAGGAUCAUGAACCUCUACCGCAAAUACCAGGAAUCUCUGCCCGCCUACCAGACCAACGAUCUCAUCCUGUCCGGUGUCACCAUCCAGAACGUGGACAUCAGCCAGCUGGUCACCCUCUUCAACGACUUCGCCAUCGACCUUGACGCCGUCAGUCCGCAAGUUGGCCAAUCCCAACAACAGCAACAGUCGCAGCAACAGCAGCAACAGCAACAGGUUCAGCAACAGGUGUUGGCUCAUCUGAAGAGAUUGGACCACAGGCCCUACCAAUACCAGAUCACCGUCCAGAGCGAGCAGACCGUCCCCAACGCGGUCGUCCGUGUCUUCCUUGGACCUAAACACGACUAUCAGGGCAAACCAAUCAGCAUCACCAAGAACAGACACCUCUUCGUCGAACUCGACCAGUUCAUCCACAACCUCCAACAGGGCCAGAGCGUUAUUAUCCGUAAUUCCCAGCAGGCCCCAGGCCGUAGCUUCGACUGGCCGUCCGCUCAAACCAUCCAACAGGGCGUCAACAGCGCCAUCAGGUCCCAGGAACCAUUCUACAUCACUCAGCCGCACCAGAUCCUCAGCUUCCCCGCUAGGUUGUCCCUGCCCAAGGGUCAGCCCCAAGGUUUCCCUCUUCAGUUGCUCGUCGUGAUCACCGGACCAGGCCCACUGAACGUACCAUCCGGCCCAGUGAUCCCUGAACAAAGCUUGACCUACCAGAACCAGCAGUUCCAGAUCGUCAGCCCCGAGCAGUACCAACAGCUCAAACAGCAACAGAACCAGCUUCCUCAAGUGGCUGGAAUCCAACAGAACGUGGAAGUUCUCCCCGAGAACUGGACCUGGGCUCAACAGAGAAUCCAAGCCGUAAGGAACCACUACGCUAACGUUUACACCAAAUACCACGGCCAGUACCCGCACACUAAGAUCCAGAACCCGGUCGGUCAAGGACAGGACAUGAGCUACACCAUCCAAGGCGCCGGUGCACAGCUCCAGCAACAAUGGCAAUUGCACGGACAGAUCCAGGGUCAACAGAUGCAACAGGGUCAAAUUUCGCCGAUCCAGUCGGUCGCCGGACAACAGGGACUGCAGGGACAGGGACUGAACCAGGUGAACGCACAGAGGUUGCAACAAGGACAACUGAAAUGGCAACAGCAACAGGCUGGACAAGGACAACAAGGCAUCCAGCAGGGAUGGCAAGGACUCCAGGACGUGCAACAGGGCAUGCAGGGCAUGCAAGGCCUGCAAGGCGCCCAGGGUGUACAGGGUGUACAGGGUGUACAGGGUGUACAGGGUGUAUCCGGUGUACAGGGUGUACAAGGUGUUCAAGGCGUACGAGGAGUAUUGGGAGGAGUGCAACAGGGCGUAGCAGGCGUAGGACAAGGUCUCCAAGGUGUUCAAGGUGUACAGCAAGGAGUACAAGGACUGGCCGGUCAACAGGGAGCACAACAAGGAGCACAAGGUCUCCAAGGUGUGAUCUCAGGAAUCUUCGGUGCCCAGACCGGAUCACAGAGCAUCCAAGGCGCUCAAGGUCAACAGAACUUGCAGAUCCCAUACGGUAUGCAAGGUGCCGUUGACAACGUAGCCGGUUGGCAAGGAAUCCAGACCGGUUGGAACGUGGUGAACCAGAUCGCCAGCGGACAACUGCACGCCGGUGGUUUCCAGGGUAUCCACGGACAACAACAGACGGUCCAGGACCAAACUGUCAACGAAUACUACCAGAACAUGCCCAGCAGCGACAUCAUUGGUGGUGCCAUCUCUCUUGACGGCAAACCCCUUGGUUUCCCACUGGACAGACCACUGUCUCCCGCCGUCCUUGCCGUACCAAACAUUUUCGUCAAGGAUGUACUCGUCUACCACGAGGGACAACCCACCAACGACAUCACCCAGUAAAUUGUUCCUACAGCGACAGCGGUCACGCUCGUACAAUGGACUUAGCGCGCAGAAAAUGUAAAGUUA